AUGGCUGCUACCGCCAUAGUUGCCAUCGUCAACCUGUAUGGCCCUGGAUUGCAAGACGUGUUCGACACCGCACCCAUCCCAGGGAUGUUCUGGGGGAUUCCGUUCACAUUCGCACUGGGAAUUCUCAUGAUGGACGAAAUCAGGAAACUUCUUGUGCGAACAUACCCUAAGUCGCUCAUUGCGAAGAUAGCCUGGUAG